AUAGUUUGUUUGUCGCUGUAUUGUACUUCUCUGCUAUGAAAAGUUUGUGCUGACGCUGAUGCCUUUGCCUUUACCGUUCUCUGAGUGGUAGUGUCGGCGCGCGCUGACGAUUCAUCAUCCCGUCUAAGGAUGUGUGAUCUGGGUCUCAACCAGACAGGACCACUUCGAUGGAGUCGAUAAGAUAAUGCCAGAAUCAUCACGGCACGUCCGCGUGAGCCUUCACCACUAUCAAACAAACGAAGGACUACAAUGGCGGGACGAUAUUUAUGCAGACUCUCGAGCAACAAAGUCGAGUGAGACACAGACUUCACUCGGAUGGCAUGUUUCACCCUUCUCCCAGAAGCUGAUGGCAUAUAAACAAGGGGAGCCGCCAGAGUGUCAGUUGGAAGUGGCUACGCAGGUACUUCACAAAUGGGCGCCGUACACAGUAUCUUCGCCUGCAUCGGUGGCUCUUGCGAGCGAAAUCUUGACGAGAUCACCGAGAACAAAGCUGUCACAGACGAACACGACCAUGACCACGACGACCACCCGGCCUCUGCCAAAGGCUCAAGCACAGCCUUCCAACACCACGAGCAAGCAGCACAACCGCACCGGGACACUCCGUCAUCAAUCUACUCCCCCAUCACAUCGGCAUCAGCUUCCUUCGACGACAACACCAGCGAAGCCAGUUGGACGCUGCAUCUCCCUAUCUUCGGCGCCAUCGCCUUGCGCAGGGCACACCAACGCGCAGCCGAUCCAUUCCAAAUCCAGCGCGAACAGAUGAGUCAACUGCAUCAUGAGAUUGCGGAGAAAACUGGACCAUUGAGGGAUACGGAUGUCGUUUUUCGGGAGGUGGACUGGACGGGGGAGGGGAAGGGUGGUGGGAGAGAUGGAGAGGACAUGAGUCCGAAGUCGAAGCUGCCGACGAGGGGAGUGACAGAGCAGAGUGAUCUUGGAGAGGAGCAAGCGGAAGAAAUGAUGAGCAGUAGGAAUGAUGAAGAGAGAGGCGGAUCUUUCGACUUGCUGGACUACACCAUCGUUCCUCGCUUCUCAGCGCCAUUCGAGGAAGGAGAUUUUCUGAUCGACCCUUUCAAGGGACAUCCAUGGAGCGCUCCAGGUAGACUUGAAGGAGAGAAGGGGUGAUUGGGGUGGGAUAUG